CUAACAUUCUUACUUUUGUAUAUGUUUAUUUUAUUUUUAACUGCAUGGUUCGCUUCAAAUUGAAAGUGCGCAAAUUCCAGUUUCGCGUGACCGAGAGCAAGUGCCGCUCCUUCUCCAUAUGGAACUUUUGCCCGGUCACCCGUUGGCAUCAGCUCUGGCAGUUUAUUGGCGGAUGCACCCCAUGCCGGUACGAGUUCUUUCCAUACAUCUUCUGGCUGGUGCUAGGCCUCAGCCUGACUGGCGCCUAUCGCAGCGUGGGCGAAUGUGUCCACAUCUAUUGCGUAUCCAGCCACCCGCUCGAGAUGUGGCGACCCCGUAAAUUCUUUGUAUUCGACGUUGAGGUGCUCCGCAGGGGUCGCUUGGUGGGCGCACUCAUCAUGAGCUAUGCCUGGAUGUUGAUGAUCUAUGCGCUGAUCAAUACAAAGCCAAAUUAUAUAACACCAUGGUUAAUACUUAAUACCUUGAUGCUGGCUCUGGAUUUCCUUGUUUGGCUGGUCGAGGUGCUUACCGGUCGGCUGACACUUCAUUUGAGUGCGGUUUAUCCAAUGAUCCGGCUCUUCUGCACCCUGGCCCUGGUCAACUGCAUCAAGACGGUCUUUGAGAACGCCAUCAAACAUAACAUGGUGGACACCCUAAGUGUGUUUGGCAAGGAAUCGAUAUUUAGCAUUUCGGACUAAGCCCUCAGCACAAGCAAGUCGAAUUUAGCUCAACUCGCGUUUAACUCAUUUCCACACAAAUCAACUCAAUUCAAGUCUCAAGUCAAGCAAACUCAAUUCAAGCUGUGGCACCCUUUGGGUCUCAUUAAAUUGAAUGGUUAUCAUUAAAAAGGUGGAGCAGUGCCUAAUUGUAUCAAA